AUGUCCAGUUCCAAACGAUCGUAUGACGGAUCGACAAAAGAGUCCAAGCUCAACAUGUUUAUUCCCAUGUUCGAAAAGUUUAGGGACGACCUAGACAAACACCAUGACCGCCGAGAGCGGGUGAUCAAGGCUUCUCGUGAUAUAACUGCCGCCAGCAAAAAGAUGUUUAAUACGACGAAUAGGGUACGGGAACUAUCCACAGAUUAUCCUCCCAAGUUAUUGUCUGAGAUUUCCGAAAAAGAGGUAAUUAUACGGCAGCAGUUCGAAUCCAUUAGACCCGACCUCCAAGGUAUCAACUCUUGGCGCUACCAGCCUCAGAUCUCACCAGGCCUUCAGGAAUUUGUAGAAGCUAUUUCGCUGCAACAUUAUCUUCGAACGCAGACUAUAAUUUCUCUCGAAGAGUCAUCCAAACAGCUUCCCAGUGGAAUCGAACUGAGUGGGGAGGACUUCCUAUUGGGGCUAUUUGAUGUCGUUGGGGAGUUAAUGCGCUUUGCCAUAACAACAAUGGCUACAACUGCAAAAAUUCCAGGAGCGAUCAACAAAGAGGGAUCUAAACAAGAUAUAUUGAUGGAUUUGAGAACUCUCCGAGCGCAUUUUGAGGAAUUAUGCGUUCCACCAUGUCGAAGCAACUGGCUUGCGCAAAACUUUGAUAAAAAAAUGGAAGUAAUGAGACAAUGUGUACAAAAAGUUGAACACGCUGCCUACGGAAAGAUAGUUCGGGGGCAGGAGAGACCUUUGGGCUGGUUUCCCCCGUCAUCUGAUGAAUGA